AUGGCGCAAACCUUCAUCUUUUUGUUUCUCUUGCUGGACAUGAUGCUUGUGGCUGCAUCUUUCAAAAUCUGUGCUUUCAACAUACGAAGCUUUGGACAAGCGAAGGCAGCCAACCAGAGGGUGAUGAGAGCUCUUGUCCAGAUCCUGUCUCGCUGUGAUAUCUCUGCUGUGCAAGAGGUGCGUGAUUCCAAGGGACUGGCUAUUCAGGCACUACUCCAGAAGCUCAAUAGGUAUGAUCCUUCUCAUCACUACAACUGCCUAGAGAGCAAGAGACUUGGAAGAAGCAGCUACAAGGAGCAGAAUGUCUUUAUAUAUCGUCAGGAUGCUGUAUCAGUUACGGCUUGGUGCCAAGUUGGAGAUGAGGAUGCCAGAGAUUUUGCUAGGAUACCCUUUGCUGUGCGUUUCCAUUCUCCAUACACAGUUGCUUCAGACUUUGUGCUACUCUUGCACCAUACCUGUCCUCGGGAAGCUGCCCAUGAGCUUGACCUGCUGUUUGAAGUAUGCAUGGAGCUAAUGCAUUGGUGGAAAACGGAGAAUGUGAUGGUGCUGGGAGACCUGAAUGCAGGUGGUGCCUACGUCCCAAUGAGCGCGUUGGCCAGGAUCCACCUGCACAAUCACCCUGCCUUCCAUUGGCUGAUCAGCGAUGAAGAAGACACCACCGUCAGCCACCGAACUUGCUGUUCUUAUGACAGAAUCAUAGUUCAUGGAGAAGAAUUACUCUCUGCUGUUGUGCCCGGAUCAGCCAAGCCAUACAAUUUCACAAAGGCAUUUGGAUUGUCUGAAGAAGAGGCCUUAGAAAUCAGUGAUCACUACCCUGUGGAGGUGAAGCUGAAGCUUGCUCCAAAGACCCAACAGGAACUCUAA